AUCAUGACUGCUUAUUUUGCUUAAAAGUCUUUUGUGAGCGACCUUGUGUAAAGCUUCCUGAAAGUCCAAGUACACGCUAUAGCCACUGGAUCACCUUGUCCACAUUCUUAGUGACACUCUCAAAGAAUUCUAAUAGAUUGAUGAGUUUCAACCAAUUUGCGUGGUACUGAAGUUAGGCUUAUCAGCCUGUAAUUGCCGGGAUCGCCUCUGAAGCCAUUUUAUAAAAAUUGGUAUUACAUUAGGUAUCUGCCAGUCAUCUGGUACAGAAGCUGAUUUAAGUGAUAGGUUACAUACAAGAGCUAGCAGUUCUAAAGUUUCAUGUUGGAGUUCCUUCAGAACACUUGGGUCUCCUAUGUGAUUAGAGAUGAGGUAGAGAAGUAUAAUCGAAAUGGUGUAAAUGCACUCCAGCUGGAUCCAGCAUUAAACAGACUCUUCACGGCGGGUCGAGACUCUAUAAUAAGGAUAUGGAGUGUCAAUCAGCACAAGCAAGACCCUUAUAUAGCAUCUAUGGAACAUCACACUGAUUGGGUAAACGAUAUUGUACUUUGUUGCAAUGGUAAAACAUUGAUAUCUGCUUCUUCAGAUACUACUGUUAAAGUGUGGAAUGCACAUAAGGGAUUUUGCAUGUCAACACUAAGGACACAUAAGGAUUAUGUGAAGGCCUUAGCAUAUGCAAAAGAUAAAGAACUGGUAGCAUCUGCCGGGCUGGACAGACAGAUAUUCCUCUGGGAUGUAAAUACUCUAACAGCACUGACUGCCUCAAACAAUACUGUCACAACUUCUUCCCUGAGUGGGAACAAAGAUUCCAUUUACAGCCUUGCGAUGAAUCAAAUGGGAACAGUAAUUGUAUCGGGGUCCACUGAAAAGGUUUUAAGGGUAUGGGAUCCAAGGACUUGUGCAAAGCUGAUGAAACUUAAAGGGCACACGGAUAACGUAAAAGCUUUGUUGUUGAACAGAGAUGGCACACAGUGUCUUUCAGGCAGCUCUGAUGGAACUAUUCGUCUAUGGUCCCUUGGCCAGCAGAGAUGUAUAGCCACAUAUCGAGUCCACGAUGAAGGUGUUUGGGCUCUGCAGGUCAAUGAAGCCUUCACUCAUGUUUAUUCAGGAGGAAGAGACAGGAAGAUUUAUUGCACAGAUUUACGAAAUCCUGAUAUCCGUGUGCUCAUCUGUGAAGAAAAGGCACCAGUUCUUAAGAUGGAACUUGAUAGAUCAGCUGAUCCUCCUCCAGCCCUUUGGGUUGCAACAACUAAAUCUUCUGUGAAUAAGUGGACUUUGAAGGGAAUUCAUAAUUUUAGAGCUUCUGGGGACUAUGACAAUGACUGUACCAAUCCUAUAACACCUCUUUGUACACAGCCUGACCAAGUUAUCAAAGGGGGUGCUAGUAUUAUUCAGUGCCACAUUCUUAAUGACAAGAGACAUAUAUUAACCAAAGAUACAAAUAAUAAUGUGGCAUACUGGGAUGUAUUGAAGGCAUGUAAAGUUGAAGACCUUGGGAAAGUAGAUUUUGAAGAAGAAAUUAAGAAGAGAUUUAAAAUGGUGUAUGUGCCAAACUGGUUCUCAGUAGACUUAAAAACUGGGAUGUUGACAAUUACUUUAGAUGAGAGUGACUGCUUUGCAGCUUGGGUCUCAGCAAAAGAUGCUGGAUUUAGCAGUCCAGAUGGAUCUGAUCCAAAAUUGAAUCUCGGAGGGCUUCUAUUACAAGCUCUUCUAGAGUAUUGGCCUAGAACACACAUCAAUCCAAUGGAUGAAGAGGAAAAUGAAAUAAAUCAUGUGAAUGGUGAGCAGGAGAACAGAGUACAGAAAGGAAAUGGAUACUUUCAGGUACCACCGCAUACACCAGUUAUCUUUGGUGAAGCUGGAGGACGCACUUUGUUCAGGUUAUUAUGUCGGGAUUCAGGUGGUGAAACUGAAUCUAUGCUGCUUAAUGAAACUGUGCCACAAUGGGUAAUUGACAUCACUGUGGAUAAAAAUAUGCCCAAAUUCAAUAAGAUUCCUUUCUACCUUCAACCUCAUUCGUCUUCAGGGGCAAAAACUUUAAAAAAAGACCGAUUGUCAGCUAGUGACAUGCUGCAGGUCAGAAAAGUGAUGGAACAUGUUUAUGAGAAAAUCAUAAACCUGGAUAAUGAAUCUCAGACAACUAGCUCCUCCAAUAAUGAAAAAGCUGGAGAACAAGAGAAAGAGGAGGACAUUGCUGUGUUAGCAGAAGAAAAGAUUGAACUAUUGUGCCAGGACCAGGUUUUGGAUCCAAAUAUGGACCUUCGAACUGUUAAGCACUUCAUAUGGAAGAGUGGUGGUGAUCUGACACUUCACUACCGACAGAAAUCAACGUGAAAGGAAUGAUGGACUCAAAUGGUUGUUCAUUUACUUGACCUUACUGUACUGGUUCCAAGAGUAGUACUAUAGAAGCCCACUGAACCCUAAGGUAGAUGAGACUUCUAAUGACUCAGUAUGGACCAGAGAGUAUACAUUUAAUAACUGAAGUGACUAAUAGAUCUGUAAUAUAGAGAAAAAAAUCUAUAUGACUUAAACUAAAGUCUGUCCUAGCUAAGGCACAGCAAGUGAAAUGAGAAGUCCCUAGUGGUUCAUGUUAUGUGAGGUAUACAGAGAACAGAUGAUAAUCCAGUGCAGACUUUUGCUUCCUUCUGGUUUUGUUUUUUCCAGAGCAUUAAAUUUUCAUCUGCUCGGGCUUGAUAUGAAACACUGUUUUGGCCAUAUUAGUCACUAUGUUCAUAAUGCAUGCACUGUAUUUUUUGAAUACAUUCCAUUCAUAUAUUACCUACAAUGAUUUUUCACAGGUUAUUCAUAAAAAUAAUUUUUACCACUUAGAGAAAUCUCAAAAAACACCGAAUGCUAUUGCACACUUGAAAGUAGUAGCCCAUUUAAUUGUAAGUCAAAGGUUAACAUAAUUAGAAUUGUUUUAAUACUGCAGUUCAAACGUUCUUAUAGAGAGCUAUUGCCAUUCAGAUUGAGAACACUAGAGAAGUAUUAUAGCAGGGUCAGUCCAGUGAUGCUGUGCAUCAUAAUAGAAUAAACAUGUUUUGCAAAAUUUAAUAGAUUUUUUUAAAAAAAAUAUAAUUCUUCCUGCAAUGUGUCCUUGUUUUAAAGACACGCUAGUUGGAAUUCCAAGAAACUGUGCUCUAUACUUCUGUGGCAUUUUGUUAAAAAAUUUAAGACCAUUCUGAAAAUUUAAAUUUUAUUUGUUGAUGUCAGUAGCAAAUUUCAUACCCAUGAUAUAAAAGCAUUUGUAUUCUUUUUUCCCAAGUUUUAUAUGCAGAUUUUGUUAUAGCUGUACACAUCUUCUUUUCCUGUUCUUUCUAAAAAUCUAAGGCUUUCAUAUAUUCAUAGUAGCCUUGUAUAAAGUUUAACUUACUGGGGAGGGGAAAGCAUUUCAUCUUUUGGCAAGAAAAUUUGGGACUGUCCCAAAAGACUAUUUGUAGCCAAAACAAAUUAAAAAUCCUCACCACAAAAUUGUGUACAAUAUGACUCUUGUCUGAAACAGAAGCACAAGUGCCUUCAAAGGGCAGUAUAUUUAUUCAAGUUUCUUCAGGAGACGUGUGCUCUUGCCCUUCCUGUGUUUUGCUAUCAGGAUUUAGGCUGGGGCCUACAGAAAGUCCCAGAUACAUUACUGGGAUUUUAUAGUGAUCAAACUACAAAAAAAAAUUUUUUUUCCCACUGGCAUAUGUUAGAAAAAUAUCCAAAUGCAUUAUGUCCUGGACAAAGUCACCACUUAAACAAGAGGGUAUGGUUAAGAAUUAAGCUAGCAUGUCUUUUUCCCUUCCUUGAAAGGAAGCCCCAUUUCUGUGCAUACUCCAUUUGACACAAUUGUGCUAUAUUGCACAUUUUUAGUGAUAUUUGUGAAUUAAAUGGUUUAGCAGAACUGUGUAACUUUUAUUAAUAAAUUGUCCUGAAUUGUAUUUAUUAAUAGCAGAGGUCUAUGCUUUGUUCUAAUAGACAGUGAUUCUUUCUGGUUGUCUUGCUGUCCCUUUGUAUACAUUGUAACUGCUCCCAGUUCAUUCGUUCAUUCGGGGGUUUUUUUGUUUGUUUGUUUUUUUGUCUGAAAUCAGCCAAGGUUACUCUUCCAACCAUCCCAAUAAUGCAGUUUCAGGAGAGAUUGAAGGGCGUCUGCAAUGCCAAAAGGGUAAAUUAUCUGUAUUUCACAGUUGUACAGAAUAAAAGGCUUUAGUUAAAAUA